UGGCGCCGCUCUGUUAGCUUGAUCCAUGCUAACAGCUUCCCUUUGUUGUGCUUCACCGUUUAGCGGUUGCGCUUCUGCUGUAGUAACUUAUAUUAAGAAAGCUGCUGUUGUGAUUCUGUAGAGGAUGAGUGGCGGAGUGUACGGAGGCGAUGAGGUGGGAGCGUUGGUGUUCGACAUCGGCUCUUAUUCUGUGAGAGCUGGCUACGCAGGGGAAGACUGUCCUAAGGCGGACUUCCCCACAGUAAUAGGCGUGACUCUGGACCGAGAGGAUGGCAGCACGCCAAUGGAGACGGAUGGUGACAAGGGCAAGCAGAGCGGCACCACCUACUACAUCGACACCAAUCAGCUGAGGGUACCCAGAGAGAACAUGGAGGUCAUGUCUCCGCUCAAGAACGGCAUGAUUGAGGACUGGGACAGUUUCCAGGCCAUCUUGGAUCACACGUACAAGAUGCACUUCAAGUCUGAACCCAGCCUGCAUCCAGUGCUCAUGUCAGAAGCGUCGUGGAACACGCGAGCAAAACGGGAGAAACUCACAGAGCUGAUGUUUGAGCACUACAACAUUCCUGCCUUCUUCCUCUGCAAAUCAGCCGUGCUGUCUGCCUUUGCCAACGGUCGGUCCACAGGUUUGGUUCUGGACAGUGGAGCCACACACACCACAGCAAUUCCAGUUCACGACGGCUACGUCCUGCAGCAAGGCAUCGUCAAGUCGCCCCUGGCCGGUGACUUCAUGAGCAUGCAAUGUAGGGAGCUAUUUCAAGAGUUAAACGUUGAAAUAAUCCCUCCCUACAUGAUUGCAUCAAAGGUAAAACAUCUGGAUCCAGUGCGAGAGGGAUCCCAAGCAAGCUGGAAGAAGAAGGAGAAACUACCUCAAGUCACUCGCUCUUGGCACAACUACAUGUGUAAUUGUGUAAUUCAGGACUUCCAGGCGUCUGUGCUGCAGGUGUCGGACUCACCGUAUGACGAACAAGUUGCUGCCCAGAUGCCCACAGUGCACUACGAGCUGCCCAACGGCUACAACUGCGACUUUGGGGCUGAGAGGCUGAAGAUCCCAGAGGGGCUUUUUGACCCCUCGAAUGCUAAGGGUCUGUCUGGAAACACCAUGUUAGGAGUCGGUCAUGUGGUCACGACCAGCGUGGGAAUGUGCGACAUCGACAUCCGGCCGGGCCUGUACGGCAGCGUGGUGGUGACCGGAGGAAACACGCUCAUCCAGGGCUUCACCGACCGACUCAACAGAGAACUCUCACAGAAAACUCCUCCGAGUAUGAGGCUGAAGCUGAUCGCCAACAACACCACAGUGGAGCGUCGCUUCAGCGCCUGGAUAGGAGGCUCCAUCCUGGCGUCACUCGGAACCUUCCAGCAGAUGUGGAUCUCUAAACAGGAGUACGAGGAGGGAGGAAAGCAGUGUGUGGACAGGAAGUGCCCUUGAUCUGACCCCCCCCUCUCUCUCCCCACGUCACCGCCGCAAACUCAACAUCACGAUGAUUCACCUCGGACCCGGACUCAGGAACACCUCGCUCUUGUUUUGUAUGAUUUUUUUUUAAAAACUGAGUUUGUCCGUAUACCUGUCUGAGAUUUAUUGUAGAGAUUCUACAAUUUAAGUUCCUUUGUUAAUGUCCCAAAAGUCAGUCUGUUGCCUUAUCCGUAAGUCGCUGGCGUUUGGUGGAAACCUCGCAUCAUAAAAACAGUUUCUGAUCACACUGAGGGAAAAAAAAACAAAAAACACAAAAAGUAUCUGGACAGGAUUUCUGAGGAAUACCGACGAGGCAAACUGAGUGAACAGUGUUUUUGGAGGAUCGACCUUCUAGUUUUGGGGUGAAUACGGUGUUUUGUUCGUAAGCCUUUCUGUUUCCGUGUAGCGAGUAACCUCACCGGAGGUAAAGGUCAGUCACUUCUGGUCUGCGUUGAAUAACCCUGUAUUUAAUUUUCACUCUGCUUGUCAUUGGCUACCUGUGAUCUUUUAAAAAUAAAGUCUUUUUUUUUUGUUUGUUUUGUUAAAAA